AAGUUCCAAAGGUAAAUGGACAAAUACAGCCCAUUUUCUCCUCAGACGACGCCUGAUGCAGCACUUCUACCUUUUGAAUUAAAUAGACUUUGUGUCUGAAAUUGAAAACCCCAAUUCCCCAAAUUAGAAAGCCAUGGAAAAAAUAGGUAAGAGGCUUCAAGGGAAAGUUGCAAUUGUCACAGCUUCAACUCAGGGCAUUGGCCUUGGUAUCGCCGAGCGGCUUGGGUUAGAAGGCGCCUCUGUUGUCAUUUCUUCUCGCAAACAGAUAAAUGUUGACGAGGCAGUGGAAAAACUUAAGGCAAGAGGAAUUGAGGUUUAUGGAUUAGUAUGUCAUGUGUCAAAUCUACAGCAGAGGAAGAAUCUGAUUGACAAGACCAUUCAGAAAUAUGGAAAAAUAGAUGUUGUUGUAUCAAAUGCCGCUGCCAAUCCAUCUGUUGAUUCCAUUUUGGAAACUAAAGAACCAGUCCUUGACAAGUUAUGGGAGAUAAAUGUGAAAUCCUCUAUACUUCUUUUACAAGAAGCAGCUCCUUACCUUAAGAAGGGUUCUUCUGUAGUUCUUAUUUCCUCUAUUGCUGGCUAUCAACCACAGGCUUCCAUGGCUAUGUAUGGGGUGACCAAGACAGCCCUUCUUGGGCUUACCAAGGCCCUUGCUGCUGAGAUGGCUCCAAAUACUCGUGUAAACUGUGUUGCACCUGGCUUUGUGCCCACACAUUUUGCUGCAUUUAUUACUACUAAUGCUGAUGUUAGGAAGGCCAUAGAGGAUAAAACAUUGCUUAACAGACUUGGAACCACAGAUGAUAUGGCUGCAGCCACUGCCUUUUUGGCUUCUGAUGAUGCUUCGUAUAUAACUGGAGAAACUUUGGUAGUUGCAGGAGGAAUCCCAUCCAGACUUUAAGUUAUACGUUAGCUUUUAUAUAAGCUUGCGUUUCACUUUUCUUUAUUUAUUAUGUUGCCAUUUUCUUCUCUUAUCCGACCUUCUGUCUUGAGGACCCAUCAUUGUAAGAAGUGCUUAAUAAUUGACUGGCAUGCCUGAAAGAUGAUCAGAUAAAUCUUUUGGUUGCACAAAAUCAUUUGCCAUGAACUUUCCUCAUUUCUGGAUGAGCUUUUGGAUGGUUUUCUCCUCCUGCUAA